UGGAGUUGUGUGGUUUGUUGGAGGUGUGAGUUGUCUUGCUAGGGGAGAAUAAGGUGAUCUUAGGCUAUCAGUAAGAACGCUCCGAGGAGAACAAAAAUAUUGCUGCGGUGCUUUAGGUCUUCUUCUUCUUCUUCUUCUUCUCAUUGCUUCUUCUUCCGGGGAUCGAGAGUCGGUGAAAGAGGCAUGUUGCAGAACAUGAUUGAACAGAAUCCCGAGGGGCUCUUAAUUGAGGGUAUCUCCAGCCCCAUCGCCGCUCAGCUUCUCGACUUCUGCGAAGACGACGACGGGAGAGCGGCCGGCGACCUCUUCCCAGGCUCCGAUCACCAGCAGCACCAGCCCAUCCUCUUCGCUCCUUAUGACGACGUGUCCUCCUCCACCGCCGCCGCCACGACGGCCGCCAGCACACCGCUUUGCUGCUACCCCGGUGACGACGCCUCCUUCUCCCCCUUCCCCUCCUUCUACGCCCUCCUCGACGCCUCUCCACCCCGGCCCGAUCCCGAUCCCGAGCCCGACCUCGCCCACUACCCUUCCUCCUCCUCCUCGUCCUCGAACCCCCCUCCUCCUCCGGCGAUUCUCUCGGUCCCGCCACCUCCGUACUCGGGGGAUCCGUUCGAUCAGCUCGUGACGACGGAUGUCAUCUCCAGCGAGUACCCGUUCGACCACGGGUUGGUGGUCCCGGUGCCGGCGGCGGGGCCCUCAGCGAGCCAGCAGCAGCACCCUCAUGCGGCGUACGAGGAGGAGCGCUACUCGGCGGCGGGGGGAAUGCAGCAGUCGUCAGAGCUGGUGAGGCUGGAAGCGCCGCCGUGCGGGUUCAUCGAAGGGGUUGGAAUCGGGGCGCUGUACUGCGGCGGGAUGCUGUACGGCGGCGAGCGGCCGCAGGGACUCUCCGGUGGAGGAAUGCCGGUGCUGGGGCCGGUCAACGUGUCGGAUAGCAGCGGUCUGGGGCCGUACGUCCAGGACGCGAUGCCCCACAUGUACAGCUCCGGCGACUUGCAGGUUCUUGGCGGAGGCAGCCAGCAUCUGAUGGGAGGAUGCAGUGGCAACCAGCCCCCGGCGCCGCUGCCGACAUCCGACGUCGCACCGUUGGAUGACUCCGCCUACAAAGUUGGUCGCUUGUCCGUGGAGGAGAGGAAGGAGAAGAUCCACCGGUACAUGAGGAAGCGCAACGAAAGAAACUUCAGCAAGAAGAUCAAGUAUGCAUGUCGGAAAACUUUAGCAGACAGCCGACCUCGAGUCCGGGGAAGGUUUGCGAAGAAUGACGAGCUCGGAGAGGUGGCAAGACUGAGCUCCAGCAGCCAUGAAUUCGACGACGACGAAGAAGCGGUCGUCAAGGAGGAAGACAUCCUCGACUCCUCUGACAUCCUUGCACAUAUCAGCGGGGUGAACUCGUUCAAGUACAACUACACCCUUGAAUCCUGGAUAUGACUCGUGCGGCCUAAACAAGGAGAGUUCAUCAUCCAUUCAAUAAACUCAAUGGUGUGGAGAAUGUUGUUACUACGACGAGUUCUUCCCCAUAUACUUCCUUAUCUCCAUGUUUCGACUUCGAAGAAUUAUGCUCCUGCAUUCACUUGUUAGCUGUGAAGUUAAAAAUAGAUCUACGAAUUAGAUUGCCA